CGCGAACGCGGCAGGAGCUGCAGCUGCUGCCGCCCGUGUCUUCAAGGUCUCACCGCUCGUUCAGCAGAGACCCGGGCUCGGCCGCCAUGUCCGUCGCGGACGAGGUUGAUGGACUGGGCGUGGCUCGGCCGCACUAUGGCUCUGUCCUGGAUAAUGAGAGACUCACUGCAGAGGAGAUGGAUGAAAGGAGACGUCAGAAUGUGGCUUAUGAGUACCUUUGUCAUUUGGAAGAAGCCAAAAGGUGGAUGGAAGCAUGCCUAGGAGAGGGUUUGCCACCCACCACAGAACUGGAGGAAGGGCUUCGGAAUGGGGUCUACCUUGCCAAACUAGGAAACUUCUUCUCUCCGAAAGUGGUGUCUUUGAAAAAAAUCUAUGAUCGAGAGCAGACCAGAUACAAGGCAACUGGCCUACACUUUAGACACACUGAUAAUGUAAUUCAGUGGUUGAAUGCCAUGGAUGAUAUUGGAUUGCCUAAGAUUUUUUACCCAGAAACCACAGAUAUCUAUGAUCGAAAGAACAUGCCAAAAUGUAUCUACUGUAUUCAUGCACUCAGUUUGUACCUGUUUAAACUAGGCCUGGCUCCUCAGAUUCAAGACCUAUAUGGAAAAGUUGACUUCACAGAAGAAGAAAUCAACAACAUGAAGAUUGAACUAGAGAAGUAUGGGAUCCAGAUGCCUGCCUUCAGCAAGAUUGGGGGCAUCCUGGCUAAUGAGCUGUCUGUGGAUGAAGCUGCAUUACAUGCUGCUGUUAUUGCUAUUAAUGAAGCUAUUGAUCGUAGAAUUCCAGCUGACACGUUUGCAGCUUUGAAAAACCCCAACGCAAUGCUUGUAAAUCUUGAAGAGCCUCUGGCUUCUACUUACCAGGACAUACUUUAUCAGGCCAAGCAAGACAAAAUGACAAAUGCUAAAAACAGGACAGAAAACUCCGAGAGAGAAAGGGACGUUUAUGAGGAGCUACUCACUCAAGCUGAAAUUCAAGGCAAUAUAAAUAAAGUCAACACAUUUUCUGCAUUAGCAAAUAUUGACCUGGCUUUAGAGCAGGGAGAUGCCCUGGCCUUAUUCAAGGCUCUGCAGUCUCCUGCUCUGGGUCUUCGAGGACUCCAGCAACAGAACAGUGACUGGUACUUCAAGCAGCUCCUGAGUGAUAAGCAGCAGAAGAGACAGAGUGGUCAUACUGAUCCCCUGCAAAAAGAGGAGCUACAAUCUGGAGUAGAUGCUGCAAACAUUGCUGCCCAGCAAUAUCAGAGAAGAUUGGCAGCAGUGGCAGCAAUUAAUGCUGCAAUCCAGAAGGGUGUUGCUGAGAAGACUGUUUUGGAACUAAUGAAUCAUGAAGCGCAGCUGCCCCAGGUGUAUCCAUUUGCUGCUGAUCUUUAUCAGAAGGAACUUGCUACUCUGCAGCAACAGAGUCCUGAACAUAACCUCACCCAUCCAGAGCUCUCUGUUGCUGUGGAGAUGCUAUCAUCAGUGGCCCUAAUCAACAGGGCACUGGAAUCAGGAGACAUUAGUACAGUGUGGAAGCAAUUGAGCAGUUCAGUUACAGGCCUUACCAACAUAGAGGAAGAAAACUGUCAGAGGUAUCUCGAUGAGUUGAUGAAACUGAAAGCUCAGGCACAUGCAGAGAAUAAUGAAUUCAUCACAUGGAAUGAUAUCCAAGCUUGUGUGGACCAUGUGAACCUGGUGGUACAAGAGGAACAUGAACGGAUUUUGGCCAUUGGUUUAAUUAAUGAAGCCCUGGAUGAAGGUGAUGCCCAAAAAACUCUGCAGACCCUGCAAAUUCCUGCAGCUAAACUUGAAGGAGUUCUUGCAGAAGUAGCUCAGCAUUACCAAGAUACACUGAUUAGAGCAAAGAGAGAAAAGGCCCAGGAAACCCAGGAUGAGUCAGCUGUGUUAUGGUUGGAUGAAAUUCAAGGUGGAAUUUGGCAGUCCAACAAAGACACCCAAGAAGCACAGAAGUUUGCCUUAGGAAUCUUUGCCAUUAAUGAGGCAGUAGAAAGUGGUGAUGUUGGCAAAACACUGAGUGCCCUUCGUUCCCCUGAUGUUGGCUUGUAUGGAGUCAUUCCUGAGUGUGGUGAAACUUACCAGAGUGACCUUGCCGAAGUCAAGAAGAAAAAACUGUCAGCAGGAGAUAAUAAUAGCAAGUGGGUGAAGCAUUGGGUGAAAGGCGGAUAUUAUUAUUACCACAAUCUGGAGACCCGGAAAGGAGGAUGGGAUGAACCCUCAGACUUUGUGCAAAAUUCUGUGCAGCUUUCUCGGGAAGAGAUCCAGAGUUCCAUCUCUGGGGUGACUGCUGCAUAUAACCGAGAACAGCUUUGGUUGGCCAAUGAAGGCUUGAUCACCAAGCUGCAAGCUUGCUGCCGUGGCUACUUAGUUCGACAGGAAUUCCGGUCCAGAAUGAAUUUCCUGAAGAAACAAAUUCCUGCCAUCACCUGCAUUCAGUCGCAGUGGAGAGGAUACAAGCAGAAGAAGGCAUAUCAAGACCGUUUAGCUUACCUGCGCUCCCAUAAAGAUGAAGUUGUGAAGAUUCAGUCCCUGGCAAGGAUGCAUCAAGCUAGAAAGCGCUAUAGAGAUCGCCUACAGUAUUUCCGAGACCAUAUAAAUGACAUUAUCAAAAUCCAGGCUUUUAUUCGGGCAAACAAAGCUCGUGAUGACUACAAGACUCUCAUCAAUGCUGAGGAUCCUCCUAUGAUUGUGGUUCGAAAAUUUGUCCACCUGCUGGACCAAAGUGACCAGGAUUUUCAGGAGGAGCUUGAUCUUAUGAAGAUGCGGGAAGAAGUCAUCACCCUCAUUCGUUCCAACCAGCAACUAGAGAAUGACCUCAAUCUCAUGGAUAUCAAAAUUGGACUGCUAGUGAAAAAUAAAAUUACAUUGCAGGAUGUGGUUUCCCACAGUAAAAAACUUACCAAAAAAAAUAAGGAACAGUUGUCUGAUAUGAUGAUGAUAAAUAAACAGAAGGGAGGUCUCAAGGCUUUGAGCAAGGAGAAGAGAGAGAAGUUAGAAGCUUAUCAGCACCUGUUUUAUUUACUGCAGACCAACCCCACCUAUCUGGCCAAGCUGAUUUUUCAGAUGCCCCAGAACAAGUCCACAAAGUUCAUGGACUCUGUAAUCUUCACACUCUACAACUAUGCAUCCAAUCAGCGAGAGGAGUACCUGCUACUGCGACUGUUUAAGACAGCUCUCCAGGAGGAGAUCAAGUCAAAGGUAGAUCAGAUUCAAGAGAUUGUGACAGGAAAUCCUACAGUUAUUAAGAUGGUUGUAAGUUUCAACCGUGGUGCCCGGGGCCAGAAUGCACUGAGACAGAUCUUGGCCCCUGUCGUGAAAGAGAUUAUGGAUGACAAAUCUCUCAACAUCAAAACUGACCCUGUGGACAUCUACAAAUCUUGGGUUAACCAGAUGGAGUCCCAGACAGGAGAGGCAAGCAAACUGCCCUAUGAUGUGACCCCUGAGCAGGCUCUGGCUCAUGAAGAAGUGAAGACACGGCUAGACAACUCUAUUAGGAACAUGAGGGCUGUGACAGACAAGUUCCUCUCAGCCAUCAUUAGCUCUGUCGACAAAAUCCCUUAUGGGAUGCGCUUCAUUGCCAAAGUGCUGAAGGACUCCUUGCAUGAGAAGUUCCCUGAUGCUGGUGAGGACGAGCUGCUGAAGAUUAUUGGUAACUUGCUUUACUACCGAUACAUGAAUCCAGCCAUUGUUGCUCCUGAUGCCUUUGACAUCAUUGACCUGUCAGCAGGAGGCCAACUUACCACUGACCAACGCCGAAAUCUGGGCUCCAUUGCAAAGAUGCUCCAACAUGCAGCUUCCAAUAAGAUGUUCCUGGGAGAUAAUGCCCACUUAAGCAUCAUUAAUGAGUAUCUUUCCCAGUCCUACCAGAAAUUUAGACGAUUUUUCCAAACUGCUUGUGAUGUCCCAGAGCUGCAGGAUAAAUUUAAUGUGGAUGAGUAUUCUGAUUUAGUAACCCUCACCAAACCAGUUAUCUACAUUUCCAUUGGUGAAAUCAUCAACACCCACACUCUCCUGUUAGACCACCAGGAUGCCAUUGCUCCAGAGCACAAUGAUCCAAUCCAUGAACUGCUGGACGACCUUGGAGAGGUGCCCACCAUUGAGUCCCUGAUAGGGGAAAGCGCUGGCAAUUUAAAUGACCCAAAUAAGGAGGCACUGGCUAAGACAGAAGUGUCUCUCACAUUGACUAAUAAGUUUGAUGUGCCUGGAGAUGAGAAUGCAGAAAUGGAUGCUCGGACCAUCUUAUUGAACACAAAACGUUUAAUUGUGGAUGUCAUCCGAUUCCAGCCAGGAGAGACCUUAACUGAAAUCCUAGAAAUACCAGCCACCAGUGAACAGGAAGCAGAACAUCAGAGGGCCAUGCAGAGACGAGCUAUUCGUGAUGCUAAAACUCCUGAUAAGAUGAAAAAGUCAAAGACUGUGAAGGAAGACAACAACCUCACUCUCCAGGAGAAGAAAGAGAAGAUCCAGACAGGCUUAAAGAAGCUAACGGAACUUGGGACUGUGAACCCAAAGAACAAAUACCAGGAACUGAUUAACGACAUUGCCAGGGACAUUCGGAAUCAGCGGAGAUACCGACAAAGGAGAAAGGCCGAACUGGUGAAAUUGCAACAAACAUAUGCUGCUCUGAAUUCUAAAGCCACCUUUUAUGGGGAGCAGGUGGAUUACUAUAAAAGCUAUAUCAAAACCUGCUUGGAUAACUUAGCCAGCAAGGGCAAAGUCUCCAAAAAGCCUAGGGAAAUGAAGGGAAAGAAAAGCAAAAAGAUCUCUCUGAAAUAUACAGCAGCCAGACUUCAUGAAAAAGGAGUUCUUCUGGAGAUUGAGGACCUACAAGUGAAUCAGUUUAAAAAUGUUAUCUUUGAAAUCAAUCCAACAGAAGAAGUUGGAGACUUUGAAGUGAAAGCCAAAUUCAUGGGAGUUCAAAUGGAGACAUUUAUGCUACACUAUCAGGACCUGCUGCAGCUACAGUAUGAAGGAGUUGCCGUCAUGAAAUUAUUUGAUAGAGCUAAAGUAAAUGUCAACCUCCUGAUCUUCCUUCUCAACAAAAAGUUCUACGGGAAGUAAUUGAUCAUUUGCUGCCAGCCCAGAAGGGUGAAGGAAAGAAACACCUCACUGCUUCUUUCUAGGAUCCUUCUUUACUCGUUGGAAGCAGAGGCUCACCCCACAAUGAUGCCCACUUCAGUACUCUCCCAAUGCCCCAUUUUAUCUUCUUUCACUCUAAGAGACAUUUGUUGCCCAUUUUUUCAUAGAGAAAUUGUAUUUCAGACUUAGUAUGACCCUUCUGCUUCCUUUGUUUUCUUUCAUCAUUUAGGAAAGAGUGGAAACUCCACCAAAAUCCCUUGCUGUUGUUAUAGCCUUUGAAGUGGUA